GUUGAAAUAAAGCCGCCUAGUUUGAAAUUGCGCGACAUCAAUGUGGUUGAAGGAGUCACAACCAUUGCACGUGUGUUGGUUUAUAGAGGUAGAUUUCGGCACGAACAUUCGGGCUCAGUGUAGCGACUAAGUGUCCUGUCGGGUAGUAGUUAGUUGUUGAUCGAAACUCAUCCUGGACCGAUUGAACGGUUGAAUUCGUGAGAUUACUCGUCUUGAUUUCAUCUCUUAAAAUUGUCCUCAAAGGAUUCUCGAAUCGAGGUCUCUUUCUCUUACCUGUCCGUGUUUCUCGUAAAGAAAACCGCUAGAAAAAGAACAAUGCGUAUGCAAAAAUGUCUUUUACAUAUAUCAACUCUAUUUUCGGUCACAUUCCUGUGGUUAGUAUAGAAUUUUUUCUGAUAUACAUCGAUUUGGACUAUAUAUACCGUGUUUGUUAUUAAUUACUUGUUUCAAUUGUGCGUCACAUGAUCAAGACCCGAACACGCUAGACCUGAAAAUAAAGAUGUCAGUAGAAGAUUGUGAAAAUGAAUUACUUGCACUGGAAUCCAUUUAUGAAGAUAAGUAUCAACUUGUACAAACUACACCUAGACGAAAAAUAAAAGUAAAUCUAAAUGGUCAGUCAGAUGAUUCACUGUCAACUAAAGUUCGAUGUCAGCUUCUUUUUGAACUUACAAGCAAUUAUCCAAAUAAACCACCUAAAUAUCAAAUACUUAAACCUGAAAAUCUUUCAGACGAAGAUAUUUCCGAUAUAAAUAUUAUAAUCAAUGAAGUAAUUGAACGAUCCCUAGGAUUUGUAAUGUUAUUUGAUAUAUUAACAGAAGUUCAAGAAAAAUUAAAUAGUAUCUGUUCAAAAAUCUUAAUUCGUCAGCGUAAUGAAGCUAAAGAAAAACGAAAAGCUAUACAACUAGAAGAAGAAGCGAAAUUCCGUGGUGAUAGAGUUACAGUGGAGUCGUUUCUAGAAUGGAAUACAAAAUUCCUUGCAGAAAUGGAAUCAUUAAAAGAGAAGUCAAUAUCUGAAGAUCAAAGUGCUGUUAAACGACUAACUGGACGUGAGCUAUUUUUGAAAGAUAAUCAUUAUGACGAUUCCGAUUUGACCUUCUUGGAAACUAAUGGUGGCGAAGUUGUAGAGAUUGAUGAACAUUUAUUUGUUGACAUUGGCGAUAUAGACCUGGAUGAUGAUAAUGACGACGAUAAUAACCAAGUAGUUGUGACGGGAACAGCCUGAACAUAUUAUAUACUUUGUACAAAUUAAUUCACUCCAAAAGUAUCAUUGCUUUUAUUUUAACAGUUCUCCUCCGGUAUGUAAAGACAAAGAUAUACAAAGUUGGAAAUAGACUUCUAUGACUAUGUAAAUUCUAAAAACUGUAACUUCCUGAUUUCACAAACUUGACGCCACAUUUACUAAGUGUCAUACGAAUUUGGCGAUUAUAAAUUGUUAACUUGCAAAGCUUUAGUUUCGUGUUCUAAAACCUAGGAUAAUUAUUUAAAUAAAAGUAUACAACUUGGGAACCAAAGGCAAAUUCGUCUUCAUAGUUAAUAUUUUUGGAAAUAAAUAUACCUAUUGCAUAAACCUUUGUUACUGAGGCGAGAUUCAAUUAUAUUAUUGAAUAAAUGUAUCUAGAUCACUGGUGUAC